CUGUUGUUUUUAGUUGAAAAGAAGACAAUGGGAGAAGCAGCGCGCAAGAAGGGAUGGUCCCUCCAAGGAAUGACUGCCUUAGUCACCGGCGGCACCAAAGGAAUUGGGCUUGCUACUGUGGAAGAGCUGGCUGGGUUUGGAGCGACCGUACACACAUGUGCCCGCAACAAAGUGGAGCUGGAUCAGUGCUUACAUAAAUGGAAAGAAUCAGGUUUCCAUGUGACGGGUUCUGUUUGUGAUGUAAAAGUGCGUGUAGCACGUGAGAAACUGAUGGAAGAGGUCUCCUCGUUAUUCCAGGGGAAGCUCAACAUUUUCAUAAGCAAUGCUGGAAUGUACAUCUGGAAACCAACGGUAGAUAUUACUGCUGAAGAAUUCUCAUUUGUAAUGGCCACAAACUUGGAAUCGGCAUACCAUUUAAGCCAACUCGCUCAUCCGCUUUUGAAAGCCUCGGGACAGGGAAACAUCGUUUUCAUAUCCUCGGUUGCUGGUUUGGUAGCUACAAUCGUCGGAUCCGUUUAUGCAGCGACUAAAGGAGCAUUGAAUCAGCUCACGAAGAAUCUGGCGUGCGAGUGGGCAAAAGACAAUAUACGGACUAAUAGUGUUGCACCUUGGAUAACAAAGACUCCCCUUGUGGCUGAUAUUCUGGCUAACAAGGAAAUGGUGGAAGAAAUGAUCUCUUAUACUCCCGCUAGACGCUUUGCCGAGCCCAACGAGGUUUCAUCUUUGGUGGCAUUCCUUUGCAUGCCGGUUGCUUCGUACAUCACUGGCCAAGUCAUAGCUAUCGAUGGAGGAUUCACUAUCAAUGGUUACUACCCAUCAAAAGACUAAUAUACAUCAGUCACAUAGAUCGAUGCAAGUGAUAAUAAAUGUUUCAUGAGUAUCGUGGGAUUAACCCAUGAUACUAGAAUAAGGACAGCUUUAGUGCUUGGUUAGAAUAACAGCAUCAUUGAUAAAUGAUGUUCGCCAAGUCUUUAUAUCUUAAUAUUUUAGAAUACUUAUUUUUCUCC